GAAGCUGUCCAAAAAGGCAUCACGACUCCGGAAGCAAAACUAGAUUGAACGUCCACUGUUCCUUGAUAAUUUGUGUGUACAAAUGCGAUGUACUUACAGUCUGUGUACUUUUUCGAUGUUUUUUUUUUGUUUGUUUGGUUUUUCAUACCGAGAGGAUGGGAGUAGGAAUAUUAACAUUCUAGCAGUUGUGUACGGAAAGCUGAAAUAUUGUCACGAUCUAAAGGUCAGCCAAUCAGGUGAGCCGAAACUAAGCGCUGCGGUGAUCCGGUCUAAUAUGACAAGUGCGGACGGCUGGACCUGAACUCAGUUUACAUUUUUUGGCUGGACGAUAGCUAUCGGCUGAGCCCGGAGCAGCGCAGUACUAUCUGUGACUGUAAAACGGGUGUUCGGGUGCAAAUAAGCCCUCUACAACGUGCCUCACACUUUCCUGUUGAAUUGAGACACAACCGGCCUUCACGGUGGAAACGAGAAGAAGAGCAAAGAUGAAUGCUGUGCGUGGGGGAACAGUCACAUGGCGCCCCCAGCCAUGGCAAGAUGGGGAUGGAGGAGGAGGGGAGCCUCUCUCAGACAGUGACUCAGAGGAGGAGGACUUUCCAGAUGACAGCACCACUCCGCUGGGAGACUACGUCACUAUUGGACUGAAGCAGCUCCUGGAAGCUCAGCAGCUGUGUGAUGUCACCCUGCUUGUCGAGGGAAAGAAAUUCCUAUGUCACAGGGUGCUUCUCGCAGCUGUAAGCCCGUACUUCAGGGCCAUGUUCACCAGUCCUCUGGUGGAGUCUCGCCUCACCGAGAUUCGGCUGGAGGAAGUGACACCAUCUGUCAUGGAGACUGUCAUCCAGUUUGUGUACUCCGGGGAGGCAGGGCUGUCUCUGGAAACCGCCGAGGAUCUAUUUGUGGCCGCCAAUCGCCUUCAGGUUAUGCCACUGCAAGACCUGUGCUCCAGGUUUCUAUUUGAGCACUUGUCAGUGGACAACUGUCUGGGGAUGUAUUCCCUAGCUCGAUCUCACCACGACCAGGUGUUGCUCCGUGCCUCCCUGCGACUGGUGGCCCAACACUUCCCACGUGUGUCCCGUCAUAAAGACUUCCUUCUCCUUGAUCACAGCACCCUCGGUAGCCUCCUGAGUUCGGACCGUUUGGGAGUAGAUUCCGAGGCGGAGGUGUACGAUGCAGCAAGGCGCUGGGCUGAGCACCAACCGUUGGAUCGCUACGCCCACAUGCCAGCGCUACUUCACCACCUGCGUCCGGGACUGCUGUCGCAGGAGGAGAGUCGAAGACUGAGCCAGGAGUUGGGCCUCGCCGCAGCCGGGGAGGGCCUGGGAGGGCCUCUGCGUCCAAGGGAAGGAAUGUUUGAGAAAAAGAUUGUUUGCGUGGAUCUGACACCGAGGGAAGAUGAGAGAUUACUCGCACGAGACUACACCGUGGACUGCUUCGACCCGAGAACGGGGAAAUGGGAGAAGCUGGCAGCGUUGGGCUCACUCGUAAGUCCUGGCUGCACGGCUGUGGGCGAAAGGCUGUUUGUAGCAGGUGGAAUUCUAGGGACCGGCUCAGUGUCUUCAGCUGUGCACGAAUACGACGCUGUGCUGGACCGCUGGACAGAACGCCCUUCCAUGGGCCUACCCCGGUGUAUGCUGGGCCUGCUGAGCUGCGGCGAGUCCCUCUACGCCUUGGGGGGAAGCAAUCGCUCGGCACUACUGGACUCCAGUGAGACCCUGGAGCUGACGACACUGAAGUGGGCAGCGGGUCCUCGGUUACCCCUCCCCCUGCGCGCCUUCGCCUGCGCAGCUCUGCGGGGACGACUCUACCUUUUAGGCGGGACCACACUUGAACAGAACCGCGCUGUGGUCCACUCAGGUGUACUUAUUUAUCACACACUUACAGACUGCUGGACUCGAGUGGCUCUGGACUCUGGCGCUACCUGCCUUGCUGGAGGUGUAGCAGUGCGAGGAGGAGUCUGUGCCAUCGGCGGAUACAUCAGGGACACCACUAAGUUCCUCGAUGGAAACUACACCAAUCUGGAGACAUUGGACGCAACUGGCCGCGUGCUGUUUUUCAGGGAGGGCCGGGCGUUCGGCGUGGAGCGAGAGGUGACCGGCGGAGGGGUAACGGUCUCUGCAGAGCAGCGCGCAGGCGCAGGUGGGGGCAGCGAUAGAGCACCGAGCCCUGUGAUUUUCCCCGGCUUGCCGCGGAGGAUUGCCGCCGGGGGCGUAGCCAGGUGGAAACGGAGGAUUUAUGUUUUGGGCGGAGAAAACGGCUCCCGGUUCUAUGACAGUGUGUACUGUUGGAAGCCCGGCUGGCGCAGCUGGGUGCAGAGACGUGAGAAACUCCCCGGAGACACGGGAGGGGUCAGUCAAUUUGGGUGUACCACCCUUAAGUUCCCUAAGAAACACAUCCUGUCCAGACUGAGACGAGCCAAAGAAAACUGCGUUGUGCAUGAGUAGCUUGACGGGAACCGCUCGCAACUCAAGAUAAGGUGACGGCUUCAACUUGGUCACCAUUUCACAAAAAGUCGAAUUGCAACCGCACCGUAUAGAUCGUAGAAACCGAUGAUGGGGCUAAAAGGGUCAAUGGGCCUAAAUGUACUUUUAUCACCUUACACUGAAAUCCUGACAUUGGUUUUAUUGUUUUGAAUUCAUCUAGUGUUGAGCGUCUAGCAUUUAACACAGCUCUGUUGCAAGACAAAAUACUUGAGUUGUUCUGUAAUUUUAAGGCAUUUUUAAGAAACCUGAACAAAUGGUUUUAUGACUAUGAUUGUUUCUACUAUUCUCUGUUCAGUAUUUACUUUUGAUUGAUUUGAAGUUCUUUUGAACCAUGUCUAUGCGGUUCAGCUGACAACAAGCAAGUCCUGCGCAGGCUCCACAAGCAAAUGACACGAACGCAAUUGUUUUAUUUAUUGGUUGCAAAACUCAAAACCAGUCACUCCAGAGUGGCACAAGCUGUGAUGAUUAUGUGAAUCCUGUUAAAUAUUUUGAUAUGUGAAUUUAACAGCAACUGUCCAGGUAGAUGCACAACCAGUCGGCCAAUUCGGAUAUGUGGUCAUUUAGUUCAACGAAACUAAUCACAUUACCUGACUUGAUUACUGCCUCUUAAGCCAAUGCAUCCCUAAAUAGAGCCUGCUGAACAUAAUGAAGAAAAUCUAAAAUCUCAACAAGCAAACACCUCGAAAGGCUGUUUUCUCAUUUACGGUGUUCGUGAGCCCCCGUUACGCUCUUAGUUUAUGUAGAUGUUCCGAUUGAUUUGGAAAUUGCUGUUGGAUAGUAGGGGUCUCAAACUCCAGUUCUCGACGGCCGCUGUCCUCGCAUGUUUUAGAUGGUUCCCGCCGACACCCGAGUCAAAUGAUCAGGAUCAUUUUCAACGUCCCGUCGAACUUGCCGGUGAACUGAUUAUUUGAAUCGGGUGUGCUGCAGCAGGGAAAGAUGGAAAACAUGCAGGAACGUGGCCCCCGGGUCCGGAGUUUGAUACCCCUGAACUAAGGCAUCUUAUAUGUGUUUCGUUUCAGGGAUUGGACUUGUGAAUGAAUGUAAAAAGGUUGUAGAACCUCAAAAAUCUACAACAUUGCACCUUAUUUGUAAUUUUUUUUUAGUUUUCUCAAGCUAUCAUCCAGUCAAUCUAAGAAAGUUCCACAGACCUUCUACUAAAUUAAUUUCAGUGAAGCACAAAAUUAUACAUUGGCCAACUUUUUAGUUAGUUGAUAGUUCACUUAGCGGGAAGUAACCCAAGAAAUUUGAAUGCUCGGUUGCCAGAGGUGAUGGAAUGGUGCAAAUGUUAUGUUUGCUCAAAAUGGAUAAUUUUGUCACUAUGUCCUGUCUUGGCAGAGGAUAACCAUUCAUCCAAUAAAAAGUGCAAUACUU